AUGACUGAAAUGGUAGAAGAGUUGUUUAAGCCUCAAGAGGAGGAGUGGUUGUGUAAUUCGAACGAAGCAGUUACUAUUUGGUUUUUUGAACCUUCAACUGACCCUGACCAGGAAUUUGAUUAUGCUCAAGUUUCCCCCACUUUUACUUAUUCAAUCUUUGGUGAUAAAGAACAAAUUUAUGGAUAUAAAAAUUUAGAAAUUGUGCUCAAAUUUGCGUCUGGAAGUCUUGCCACUUACUUCGAUGUUCAGUAUACCGAAAAAAUUCCAGAUGUUUCUUCAAAAUCUAUAGCGGAUGAUGUUAUAGAUAAGAUUAAGGAAUUGAUACCGAAUGAUUACAUCACAAAUUAUGACAUUUUUCUAAAAUCUGUUAACGACGAUGCUUACCACUUCAAACCAAUGGGCGAAAAGAUAACAGAAUAUCGUCUUGAAGAGGAUGAAGAUGAAGAUAUAGUUUAUGAAAUUUAUAAGGCGACGUUUGAAACACCUCGAUUCAAGGAAUAUCACAGACGAUUUCAGAUAAUGGUAUUAUUCUAUAUUGAAGCUGCAACAUAUAUAGAUGAGGACGAGAAAUGGGAAACUAUGCUUUUGUUCGAAAAGAAGCGUAUAGGAGACAAACACAUAUAUGGUUUUGUGGGUUUUUGUUCGAUGUACAAUUAUUACUUUUAUAAUCGUGAAAAGAAUGUUAGUACAGAGAACAACAUUAACGAUAAAGUACCAAAUUUGGUAUGUGUCAAUGAAGGUAAAAUUAUUCCUGAAGACAUACGAUUAAGGAUUAGUCAAUUUUUGAUUUUUCCUCAUUUUCAAGGGAAAGGCCAUGGAAGUAAACUCUAUCAGACUAUAUACCAAUAUGUUUUGUCAAACUCGAGGAUAAAAGAACUUGCCGUCGAAAUCCCAAAUGAAUCUUUUGAAGCUAUCCGGGAUAAGAAUGAUUUGCAAUAUUUACGUGAACAUAAAGUCUUUGAAGGACUAGUAGCUCCCGUCGAUAAAAAAAUCAUUGAUUCGAUACGGCGGAAUUACAAGUUAAAUAAACGACAAUUACUUCGAUGUUUGGAAAUUGAACUAUUGAGAAAAUUAAACAAGACGGAUGCUGCCGCUUAUAAAGCAUAUCGAUUACAAGUGAAGGAAAGGUUAUAUAAUUGGAAUAAAGAAAUAUUAAAAGAUGUUGAUAGAUCUGAACGUAUAGGAAAAUUGGAGGAAACAUUUAAAGGUCUUAUAGAAGAAUAUCACGAGAUUAUAUUGAAAUAUAAUUGGUGA